CCGUCCGAGCAGUCGCUUACAUCUCAGAUCCGCCGCCGCGCACAGAGCACAGAAACAAGCGUCUGCCAAGUCCCGUCCACUCCACUUGGUGACGCGCGGAGCGGAGCGCACACAGGCCACUUACCCACCCGCACACAUCCUCUGGCGGUGCACACUGUUGUGCCUUUGGCUGUAAAAUGCAACAGCAGUCUUUGCGGGAUAAAGACAGCAUUCAUACAUAAGCAGCGUCGUAGCGAAACAAGGACAAACGCCGGGGGACAGAAGCAGCAGCAGCAGCAGCAGCAGCAGCGGCCGGAGGUGUAGACAGCAAUACUCAAAAGAUCUAAUUUGUCUGUGAUGAGCAUCCCCAUCCACCAGAGACCAAAGGUACGGCCUGCCCCUGUUGUUCCCUCUGAGAGGAAGAGGAAGUGAUGUCACGCCACCACCACCGCUUUGAGAGGGACUAUCGGGGACCUUGGGAGCGGAGAGACAUCCGCCCUUCUGGCCUACACAAUGGAGGAGCCAAUCAUAGCUGUGCCUCUGCCGUCGUCAAUGGCAACAACCGUCCGGGACUGCUUCCCCUCCCUGUUAUCCCCUCCCUCCUCCCCACUCCGGUUACAGUUGCCGUGACAACAUCGAGCAGCGACAUAGCGGUCAAGCGAGGCAUCACGGCAGCAGGAUCAGUUGCUCCGGCAUCGGCCAAGGUUUCUGGUCUGUCUCCUGGCGACAGUCAGACUCCAGGACUGCUGCUGGCCCCGGGGGUGAGGUGGGGACAGACGCCCAUCAACCAGCUCACACCCUGGGAUACAGAUGAGCCCCCUGCCAAGCAACAUCGAGACAGCGAGCCCACUGGGGGUCCAACAUGGGUGGCACCGGUAGCAGCGGUGAGCCAGCCCAGCCUCCUUCCCCACACCUACACCCUCCCCCAGCCACCUUCCUUCAACCACAGUGUGACGGCGCAGUCCCCCAUCAUAGGAGUAACCCCAUCCAUCCAGACACCAGUGCCCCCACAGCACCCCCUCAUGACCGCCCACUUCCAGCUGACGCCACAGUCCACCCAGCAGCCGCCCUCCAUGGUUCUGAGCAUGCCCAGUCAACCUCCGUACCCCUCCGCUCAGCCUACGGUCACACCGUCCGCCCUCACUGCCCAGGCCAACCAGGUGGUUCAUCCAAACCCUCACAGUGUGAUGGGAAACGGCCAUUUAACCUCCCACCCUGGCCACGCCCUCAUCCAGCCCCCUGCUCUCCCUCUGACCAAUGGACAGGCAGCGGCAGCACAGGCCCAGCUCACAGCUGCAGACAAUCAGGACGGACCUAAUGGGCUACAAAUGCUCCGGACGGUCGGAAUGGGGAAGUACGAGUUCAGUGACCCGGGACAUCCUAAAGAGAUGUUGAAGGAGUUGAACCAACAGCGCAGAGCGAAAGAGUUUACAGACCUGAAAAUUAUUGUUGAAGGCAAAGAGUUUGAAGUCCACCAAAAUGUUCUAGCUUCCUGCAGCUUGUAUUUCAAGGACCUGGUGAAAAGGUCAUCUGGCGAGGCGAGAAGCGGGGAGAUGCUGGAGUUGAAAAUGAGCAACAUCAACGCAGACGUGCUGGAGCAGCUGCUUGAGUUUGUCUACACGGGAUCGCUGGUCAUUGACUCGGCCAACGCCAAGACGCUGCUGGAGGCCGCCAACAAGUUUCAGUUCAACACCUUCUGCAAAGUCUGUGUCUCCUUCCUAGAGAAACAGUUGACUGCAGCUAACUGUCUGGGAGUGCUGGCUAUGGCUGAGGCCAUGAGUUGCACGGAGCUCCACAACAUGGCCAAGGCUUUUGCUCUGCAGAACUUCCCCGAGGUGGCUGGACAGGAGGAGAUUCUGAGCGUGUCCAAAGAGGACCUGGUGGCCUAUUUGUCCAACGACAGUCUCAACACGAAGGCCGAAGAGCUGGUGUACGAGACAGUCAUCAAAUGGAUCAAACAGGACGCCAACUCCAGAGUGCAGCAUUUGUCAGAACUUUUGGCGGUGGUGCGUCUUCCCUUCAUCCAUCCAUCCUACCUUCUAAACGUGGUGGACAAUGAGGAGUUGAUAAAAUCAUCCGAGGCGUGUCGAGAUCUUGUCAACGAAGCCAAACGAUACCACAUGCUUCCCCACGCACGGCAAGAGAUGCAGACACCCAGGACCAGGCCGAGACUCUCUGCAGGUGUAGCCGAGGUGAUAGUUCUGGUAGGAGGGCGCCAGGCUAUCGGCAUGAACCAGCGCUCCCUGACAGCAGUCACCUGUUUUAACCCCCAGAACAGUAAGUGGUACCCGCUGGCCAGCCUGCCCUUCUACGACCGCGAGUUCUUCAGUGUCAUCUCGGCGGGAGACAACAUCUACCUGUCAGGUGGUACCGAGUCGGGGGUGAUGCUAACCGAUGUGUGGUGCUACAUGUCUCUGCUGGACAACUGGAAUCUGGUGUCUCGGAUGACCGUGGCGCGUUGCAGACACAACAGCCUGGUUUACGACGGCAAACUGUACACCAUCGGAGGGUUGGGCGUAUCAGGCAACCUGGACCACGUAGAGAGGUACGAUACUAUCACAAACCAAUGGGAAACGGUGUCUCCGCUGCCCAAACCGGUCCACUCAGCGGCGGCAACAGUGUGCGGAGGGAAGGUGUAUGUGUUCGGAGGUGUGAACGAGGCCGGGCGCUCGGCGGGCGUCCUCCAGUCCUACGUGCCGCAGAGCAACAGCUGGAGUUUUAUUGAAUCACCCAUGAUAGAUAACAAAUACGCUCCUGCGGUGAGUCUAAAUGGUUUUAUAUUCAUCCUGGGAGGAGCCUACGCACGAGCCACCACUAUCUAUGACCCAGACAAAGGCAACAUCAAGGCUGGUCCCAACAUGAAUCACUCUCGGCAGUUCUGCAGCGCUGUGAUCCUGGACGGGAAGAUCUACGCCACGGGGGGCAUCGUCAGCAGCGAGGGUCCGGCUCUGGGUAACAUGGAGACCUUUGACCCUUGCACCAACGCUUGGACGCUGGUGCAGUCGCUCCCGUGUCCGCUCUUCAGACACGGCUGCGUGGUCAUCAAGAAGUACAUCCAGAGCGGGUGACGGCGCGGCAAAGACGACGGCGGCGAUUGGGAUCUCACACACACACACACACUGGGGUCGACGCAGAACCGAGCCGAGCCUCCGUUGUGUGGGACGAUGAUAUGUGUGACGGCAGCUUAAACGCAGGCCGGUCCGUGACCUCUCUGGACUCGACGCCAGCAUCCAUCCACUCCCCCUCCCCCUCCCACUCCCACUCCGCCCUGUGCAGAAUGUACUCAUGUUUAACUACUCAGCCAUGUCAGGUGACGACGCCUAACCUCCAGUACUGUAUGUGUCAUGGUAGUAGUUCAUCCUCAUCCAACAGGCACAGGGACCCUCUUAGUAAAUGACCUUAUUUUACUUUAGCCAUUAUCCGCUCGGUCUUUUCCAGAGCUGUAAACUCACUAGUCCCCCCCCCCCACACACACACACACACACAUUUCUGUGUCUUUU